UACUUCAACUCACCAGUUCCGGUGUCAGUAAGCAUUUACAAAUAGAACAAAAUGAAAUUCUUUCUGCUGAUAGUAAUCGUAACCGUCUUGGGAAUCUCGAACACGGCAGAAGGAUGCGAUUGCGAGAAUGUCUACCUUCCCGUCUGCGGAACCGAUGGUUUCACAUACUUCAAUAUUUGCCUGUUGGAUUGUGAAAAAGCCACAUCGCCGGACGUGGAUGUCGCACACGACGGCGAAUGUCCCGAAGGAGCUUGCCCGAAUCACACUCGAUUGAAUACUGAUCGGAUCUUCUGUUCACCAUCGGUAUUUCGGAGCUCAGAAUCGGAAUUUUCAAACGAUCAGAGGAUAGUGCAGCAGUACAAAAUGAAACUCCUGUUGCUUUCAACGUUGGUGGUUGUGAGCGUCCUUGGAAUGGAGAAAGCAGGGUGCGAUAAUUGUCCACUGGAAUUUAAACCCGUUUGCGGCUCCGAUGGAUAUACUUACGACAACGUAUGCUUUCUCGAGUGUUGGACGAGCAGCGUUCCGGGGUUGCAACUUGCUUCUGAAGAAAUCUUGCCGUUAUGCCACAAUUAUGUCCAUGUAAUACGAAUCAUAUUCGAUUGGAUAUUAGCCCAACUGCCGUCCGCGCCGGAAUUCAGAAUCCGUGUUGAAGUGAGGGAAGAGAAGCUUCACAAAAUGAGUUCACUGUUGCUUCCUGCGUUGGUGGUGGUUGUGACUAUCUUCGGAAUGGCGAAAGCCGACUGCGAACAUUGCCCGCAGGUCUCCGAACCCGUUUGCGGAACCGAUGGAUACACUUACGAAAACGAUUGCUUCCUCCAGUGUUGGGCCAAGGAAAUUCCGGGUCUGGAAAUUUCUAAUAAUGAAGAAGUCUGCAAUCCUUUUAGAUCGAAAGCUGAUGUGCCGUUAUGCCACAAUUAUGUCCAUGUAAUACGAAUCAUAUUCGAUUGGAUAUUAGCCCAACUGCCGUCCACGCCGGAAUUCAGAAUCCGUGUUGAAGUGAGAGAAGAGAAGUUUCACAAAAUGAGCUCACUGUUGCUUCCUGCGUUGGUGGUGGUUGUGACUAUCUUCGGAAUGGCGAAAGCCGACUGCGAACAUUGCCCGCAGGUCUUCGAACCCGUUUGCGGAACCGAUGGAUACACUUACGAAAACGAUUGCUUCCUCCAGUGUUGGGCCAAGGAAAUUCCGGGUCUGGAAAUUUCUAAGAAUGAAGAAGUCUGCAAUCACUUUUAGGUAGUUUAGAGUGGUAAUAAAGUAAACUACGGUUAGCGUCAGUCGAAGCCUUUCUAGCAUAGUUCUGAUUUUAUUCAUCACAAACUUUGGAUCUUUGUCUUUUUGUUACAUAUUGUAAUA